GUGAAACUAUCGGCAGCGUCUUGAAUGACUUGCUCAUAUGUAUUCUAUGGAAUUCUCGUUGCGUAUUAUUCCAUUAUUGUAAACUUUGCUUGAUCUGAAAAGUGCAGCAAGAGUAAAUGUUGAGUGAAGGCUCAGUCCAAGAUGAUGCCCAAGAGAGAACCAUCACCAUCCACAUCCUCAUGUGUAAAACGAAAACAUGGCGAUGAACCAUUCAGAACUCUCGCUCUGUUGGAGAAAGAAUAUUACAUGAACUCUGUAAGAUUCACUGAUACUGAUACUUGGGAAAAACAAAAAUAUCAGAAGUCCCUGAAAAAAAUUAGACAAGAUCCUACAGACAAAUGUGUUAUAUGUAAGAAACAAUUUGCAAGUGAAAGGUAUUUAUGGAGCCAUGUAGAAUGUGACCAACAUUUUCGCAAAUUUUGUGAAGUAAUGAAGCAAGUUGAAUCUGUCAAAAGUUAUCAGAUCAAGGUAGCAGCACUCUGCGUUGAACACAAUAUACUUUUCAAGAUGAGGAAUCUUUCACUAAUUCUGUUGGAAAACCAUUUUCCGGACUCCGAAAUUUGCGAAGCUUUAGGGAUUGGGGCAAUGGGAGACAGAAGUAUUGUCAAGGAUGUUAUUGGGCAAACAGAGAGAUGUCAACUAUAGUAAAUUAUCUAAAACCAAGUUUAGCAUAGUAGCCGAUAUCUCUCACUGGCGAAGUUGCUGCUUAUUGGUGAAAUAUUUUGAUAAAGAUCAAAAAGGUAUCGUGAGCAAAUUUUGGGAUUUGAUCGCUAUUCCUGAUUCAGGGAACAUUACUCCUGAGAAUGUUGAAAAUUUCUUCCAUAAAAUACAUUCUAGUUUCACUAAGAGAAAGAUUCCAGAUGACAAUUUGAUUGGUUUCGCAUCAGAUGGAGGCCAUAUAAUGAUGUAUGGACCAAAUUCACUUGCAAGUUUUUUUGAAAGACACUUUCCGGGUAUUACACUAUCUCGAUGUAUUUGCCAGUCACUACAAUUAUGUGUUAAUGAAGCCUGCAAAGAAUUGUCUGAUUCACUGGAGGAUGCGAUACGAACCAUCAUGAGCUUCGAAGAUGUAAAAUUGAAAAUAUUUCCACAUACUGAGUUACCUAAAAUGCAUCCUUCUCAAACAUUUUGGCUAUCGGUACCACCGAUAGUUGAAAGAAUUAUUGAGCAGUGGGAUUACCUACAAUCGUAUUUUCAUGAGAAGAAGUCUGAACCUCCUCGAAGGCCUGCAGAAAGGAUCGAUGAAAUUCUCCAAAAUCCACGCUACAAAUUAUUUUUCUUAUUUCUAAGUUGGAUCUUGCCGCAAUUUGAGCAAACCAAUGAAUACUUUCGGUCAAAGAUAGUUAUUAUCGCUGAUGUUCACCGAGAGAUGACCCAAACAUAUAAGAGCCUUCUUAGUUAUUAUAUGAAAGCCAACUACUUGGAUUCCGUAGAGCUGAAAGACAUUGACCCGCAGAAUGAGAAUGAAUUCCUUCCCAACUCUGAAAUGUUUUUAGGGACUGAUUUUCUAGAGUAUUUGCGGGCUGCAGUCGAGUUGCAGAACCUUUCACUGGAUCGUUUCUACAAGAAUUGUCGGAAUUUCCUCAUUAAAGCGUGUAAUGAAAUGAGAAAACGUUAUGAUUUUGGUGUUUCAACGAUGGUGCACCUAAAAGUAUUACAUCCGAAAAACGCAUUAUCGAAGUCGAUGUACAACAGACCGUCGACGCUCCAGCGACUGCUCUCUACAUUACCAAGAAUUUGCGCUAAACAAUUAUAUGAGACAGUGGACACAGAGUGGAAUCAAUUACGAUCUUACGUAGAUUAUGAACACCUCGAUCAAGUGCCAAUAUAUGCUUUCUGGGGAAGAUUACUCGAACACAAAAGUAGAGACCAAUAUCCGUUUCACAAUUUAGCGACGACUGCUCUGGAAAUUCUAUCUCUUCCUCUUUCAAAUUAUGAUUCCGAAAAAACUUUUGUGAAAAUAAAUCAAGUGAAAAUCAACACUCGAAACUAGUCCACCCAAAUAUUGGAUCACCUGCCUAUGAUUCGAGGAUUUGUUCUCGCUGACCAGUAUAUAACAUCUAAAGGAGGAUAUGGUAAUUUGAAGCCAUCUCAGGACAUGAUCAAGCUGAUGUUUAGUGUAGAGAACAGUCGAUCACACAUGACUGAUGAAGAUGUAGAAAUAAUAUUCGACGAUAAGUAGAUGUUUCUCAUCAUAUGCCUUCGACGAGUACUGCAAAUCUUCCACACGUCAAUAACUACUUUUUCGUACUCCGAUUGAAAAAUCUUGUUACCCUCUUCCAAUGAAUAACAUUCCAAAUGAGAUAUUUUUUUAGAAGAUACUUGUAGGAUAAAUGAUUUUAUCGACAGAAGAGAAAUAAUUAUCAGAGUAGGAUGAAGCCAAUUUAAGGAGAAAUAAAGACAUUAGAGAAAUCAAAUGCCGUCUAAAUACCUACAUGAUAUAUGACGAUCGGCUUUGAGGUAUCUGUUCUGUACCAUCAUAAAAGAGAAAAUCUAGAGAAAAAUCCAAUAUUCCAAAUUUUUCCGUUUUCAAUAUUCGAUAGAAGAUAGAAUCCACGUAGUCCACAGCAAUUAGCAAUAUGUUCUUUGUACAUUUUCUUAUUCUUAAAAGAGCAACGUAGGUCCUCGCAAUUAGGAAUAUUUCCUUUUAUACAUUUUAUUAUUUUUUGACGCGACUUAAUCGUGCACUUUUAUUGCUUAUUGUAUUUAGAGAGCAUGUUCUCCACAUCAGUAUUCAUAAUACCUCAUUUUUCCCUUCAUAAUAGUGUCUGGAUCAUUUCCGAUCCCUUUGUCAAUCCGCAAUAGUCCUUCAGGUCACUAAUCCUCGUCACUGUGACAAUCCAUCGCCAUCCCCAAUAAAAAUUAAUUACCUGUGGACCCUCGCCAUCUUCCUCCCCUUUUCCUCGCCCAUUAGCCAUGGAAAUAAUCGCAUUGGUUCGGCAUUACUUGUGCCAUUUAGCAUACAAGUACACCGCUGUCAAAUUGUAAAUUAGUUCCAAUCUCAAUUGCGAGAGAGUACACAUCGGUACUCUGUCACUUUCCAAAUAUAGUCCAUUCCAAUCUUUCGUUCGAACAAAAUAAUUUUAACAAGUCCGAUCCAUUAAUAUAUUAUUUAGUCUAAUCUCAACCUUUGUAUAUAUUUGGAAAACUUUAACAGAAUAAACUUGGCGUUCAGUGCAAAUUUUGUGAUUUAGGACUGAAUUAACACAUU